AUGGGUUUGAGCAAUCCAGCUGUUGCCACUGGCUCCAGUAAAAAAACGAGAAGAAGUAAAAAAAGAAGAACUGCAGAAGUGUCUGAUUCCGACUCUUCUUCAUCUUCCUCAUCGUCAUCGGAAAGCGAAUCUGAAGAGAAUGGAAAUGCUAAUGAAAUAGCUCUUGAAGAGGAUGUAGACGACGCAGCACAGCUCCAGGAACUGGAUGUGGAACUCUCGGACGCGGAAAGCUCAAAAUUUGACGGUGCAGCCUUGAAUCAGGACGAAAAUAUGGACAAGGCCACUCGUGAAGCCCUGAAUGACAUUCCACUAACGACAACAGAACUCUCAAGAAGCUCUUACAAAAAUGUGAACAAUAUAGAUCUGACCAAGAUCCAGCAAACGCUCCAGGAAGCUGAAAAAAGGGUCUCAAGUGCUAAAGACCAGGGUCAGUUGAAAAAUGCUUACUUGGGUGUGUUAUUCAAUCACUAUGGUGAAGACGUCAAUUCAUUGCGGGAAGCCCAAGAUUUCACUCCUAAGUCAUUGGUGCUUUUGGCCAACGUGCUCAAAGAUGGUGGCCAGAUUUUCGACAUCGACACGCUAAGAGCAGUGGUGGAAUCGGAACAGUAG